AUGCGUGCAAGGCAAGAGUCGAUUGCGGCCACGCUGAAGGGGCUGAGGCUGGCAGAGGCACUGCGCCGAGGCCCAUGCCCUGUGCCUCCGCCGCCUGCUCCUCCAGUGGCCCCUCGUGCGAGGAUCCCAUUUUUGCCGCUGGCAGGCCUUCCUUUGCUAGCCUGGGCGCCUGUGCGCGCAGACGAGGGGUCCCUUUAUGAAGUCCUCGGCGUGGACAAGAAUGCCAGCGAGCAGGACAUCAAGAAGGCUUACAAGAGGGCCGCGGUCAAGUUCCAUCCCGACAAGGCGCCGGAGGCGGAGAGAGCGCAGUAUGAGGAGCGCUUCAAGCGCAUCUCCCGCGCCUACGAGAUUCUCUCGGACCCCCAGAAGCGGCGCGCGUACGACGCCAGGGGUGAGGCGGCCUUUGACGGACGCGACGCAGCGGGCGCCGCGGGGUUCCAAGGCGCUGAUCCCUUCGAAAUGUUCAGGAGCAUGUUCGGCCAGAACUUCGGUUUCGGCUUCGGGAGGGAAGUCACGCCGGAUGUGGGGUACGAGAUGGAGGUGUCGCUGGAGGACUUCUACGCCGGCUUCAGCAAAACGGUUCACUACGAGCGGGACGCAGUGUGCAGCUCCUGCAGCGGACUAGGUGCCCGCAACGUGCAGACAUGCAGCCAGUGUCGUGGUAUGGGCAUGGUCGUGGAAGAGCGCCAGUUCGGCUCGAUGGUGCAGCGGAUCCAGCGCACCUGCCCCGUCUGUGGGGGCCGUGGGGCCGUCGCGAGCGAUCGCUGCGGCUCUUGCCGAGGGUCUGGCUUCCAGCGAGAUCGGGUGGAGCUCCGAGUUGUUGCACCUCCCGGCUGCCCGGACAGGGAGCGCUUCCUCUUUCCGGGGAAGGCGGAUGAGUCUCCUGGUAUGGAAGCCGGCAGCAUCAUCAUUGAGCUCAAGGAGAAGAGGCAUCCCCUCUUCGCACGCCUGGGAAACGAGGACUUGCUGGUGACCCAGCGCGUUCCGCUUCUCGAUGCGCUUUGCGGCGUUCACGUCCGGGUCAAGCACCUCAAUGGCAAGAACCUGGACAUCAGUGGCCCACAGGGAAAGAUGGUCCGACCAGGGGAGGUUUGGGUCCUGCCUGGCCUGGGUAUGCCCAAGCGUGGCAAUCCACGAAAUCACGGCGACCUGCUGAUACGGUUCGAGGUAGAUUUUCCGGAGGACCUACCGGCCGGUGCUUCGCGAGAGUCGCUGAGGCACUGCCUCUUCUUGGAGUGGCGGGUUGAAAAGUGUCAGAGACAGCACGCAAGGUACCAAAGCUACGCGCAAGCAGUAUCCAGGUUUCAUGUGAUGCUGCUUCUUGCUGCGACGCAAUACAUCUCGGGCCACGUCAACUGGCUGGGUGAUGACCAUGACGACGCCUGCCAAAGGCCUCAGCAAGAUUUCAGAGCGUCAGAUGCGAAGCAUGACCGGGUGAAGGAAACCAUUGAGGAGGACUUCCACCACGCCUCGGACGAUGCUGGAUUUGAGAUCGAUGAGAAGGAGGCCAAGUCGCAGGAGUCCAAGCUGGCGGCGCAGAUCAGCGUGCAACGUGGCUUCGGUGUAGGGCAGUGCUCUGCUGGGGAUGGCCAGAAGACCACCAGCUGCGGUUCCGACUGUGAGGUGACCCGCGCGGAAACGGAGCCGAUCCAAGGCGAAGCACAGUGGGGAGAGCUAAUGGAUGCCAUGGAGGACAGCCAAAUUCCUAGCACGCUGGUGUCGAUGGUUCUGGGGGUAGCUGUGACUGACAGCUAUUUCUUCGCCGACGAGCGCGAGGACGGCAGGAAGAUACGAUACCACAGGCCAUAG